CUCCAAUAGAUUCGCGUCGAUUUUAUUCUAUCGUUCUUGCCAAGGCGAAAAUACUAUUAGUUAAUUAGACUUAAUUCUUCAAGAAUUCUGCUAUAAUUAAACGGAGAACUACCGAACUCGCGUAUUUUUUUUAUUUUGGAAAAAAUGGUAGCUAAACCACCUCAGCGUGAUCUUAUUCGAAUUAUAAUAAAUAAUUUUAUUCAAUCAUUACGACCACGACAAUUUAAAGGCAAUUUCGUUGGGGAAGACUAUUUUGGCAAUAAAUAUUACGAAAUCCCUCCAAAUCCGUCAAUUGGAAAGAGGAAAUCUUCCCGUUAUUUCGUUCCAAAUGAUAAAGAGGCAUUCGAUCAGGAACUUGCAGCAGAAUGGGAAGCAUGGUUACGUGGUCGCCGUGAUGAGCCACCAUCGCGUGAAGAGCUGGUAAAGAACCUGUCAAUAAUGGAAAUGAAGCAACGCAACGCUGCUGAACUUGAAGCAACGUACGGCGAGAAGGAUGACAAGGGCAAGGCUUUACCCAAAGAAAAAGAGACAAUCGGCACUUUUCCCAAAUAUGAUGAAUAUGAAAUUAUACCUGGCAAGGAUCCAGAAAAGAAAAAUUAAUUACUUUUUCACAUAGUGAAUUAUUUAUUAGACUCUAUUUCGAUAUAGUAAUAAAUUCAACAUAAAUGAUA